AUGAUAACACUCUCCGAGCAAACCUGGAUUUUGAAUUAUGUUUAUCCUCUGUUACCAAACCUCAAACCUGGGAAUGAAUCAGCCACAAAGGAUUUCAUGUCAGACGCUGAGGAAACAAUGGCUUGGUCUGAGUCUGUGGAUACACUACUAGCUAGUAAAGAUGGCCUGGCAGCUUUUAGGACAUUUCUGAAGUCAGAGUUCAGUGAGGAGAAUGUAGAGUUCUGGCUGGCCUGUGAGGACUUCAAGAAAACCAAAUCCUCCACUAAGAUAGCCUUAAAAGCCCAAAAGAUUUAUUCUGACUUUAUACAAGAUGAUGCUCCAAAGGAGAUUAAUAUUGACUUCCACACCAAAACCCACAUCUCUCAGAAUAUCUCCGAGCCCACCCUCAGCUGCUUUGAUGAUGCUCAGAGGUUAAUCUAUAGCCUCAUGGCAAAGGACUCUUUUCCCAGGUUUCUAAGGUCAGAGGCAUACAAGGAACUAGUAAAGAAGCGACAGAACAGAAAUCAGAAGAGAUGGCUCCCAUUUUUGUGA